AUGGCUACUUGGAAAGUCCGGACAAGUAGUUUCUCAAAGAACUUUUCAGCUGCACCUGCCUCUUCUGUCCCUGGUCUCAAGUAUGGACCAAAUGGAACAAUCUUUCUUUCAUUAGGCAUACCGGAUCUUGAUAGUAAUCCCAAUACCCCCAUUUUAUAUUUUAUUAAAGCAUCUAAACAAGACUUUCAUGUCUCAAGGAGUAGUACACAACCAACCUAUUCUUUAUGCAAGCUAAUCAAAAACCCUAGAGCCUUUUUGGGAACCUUGCCAACUACUUUAGUCCCCAAAGAUGACAAAUCUCGUAACAUUGAUGCAGAACAGAAGGAUUUGCGGAUUGCUUGGCAAUAUAAGAAGUACCUUGGGGAAAAUAAGCAACAUAACGAGGAGCGAGGUAUGAUGGAAAUAUCACAAGUGCAGGAAGAAUUGCUAUCCAAUCAUUUUGAAGCCUGUAGUCUUCAAGGGAUAUCAAAUAGGCGGUGCAAUCUGUGA